CUCAACCACAGCAUUGACAUGUUGAUUGGGAGCUGCUGAACCGCAGAAGAUAUUCAGAUGAAAACAGUAAUACUGUAUAUAUUCAUACUGGAACUCAAGAUUGGUGAUAACAACAUAUAUCAGCCCGUGAUAGUAGAUAUGUGGAAAUGGGAUGCAUCUCAUCUGUGAAAAUAUUAUAUGCAUUAUCCAUCUUUAGAAGUGUACUUAGUGAUAAUAAGACAUGUCCUGAAGAAUAUCCAUUUCCAGGAUGUCCCAGACCAGGCAUUGAUCCUAUUGAGGCUAUUCAAUGUUGCUGGAGUUAUGAUGUAGGAUAUUCAUGCUGUGUACCAUCACAUUCAGAAGUCGGUUCAGCCAUUCUCUUAAUAGUGUUUGCAGUAACAGCGUUAACAGUGACAGUCAUCUCUGUAAUGUUUGUCUGUUUUGUGUGUCAGCAAUUUUACAAUUUAUUGUACAAUGCGAGAGUUGCAGAACAAGAGGAACGCGUCUCAUUGAUUGACUCCGGUAUUUAUGCAUAGUCUUGAAGAUUAACUUUUCAACUAUUGAACAUGCAU